AUGGGUUCUACCGAUUACAAGUUUGAGGGCUGGAUGGGCCUAGACAAGGAGUCUGCCAAGGGCAAGAUGGUCUGGCAGGAAUUCGAGCCCAAGCCGUGGGAGGAGACUGAUGUUGAUAUGCGUAUUACGCACUGUGGUAUCUGCGGUAGUGAUAUGCACACUCUACGAAGUGGAUGGGGACCGACUAAUUACCCAUGCUGCGUUGGUCAUGAGCUGGUUGGAGUUGCAGUCCGCGUAGGCUCAAAGGUCAAGGACAUCAAAGUCGGAGAUCGUGUUGGUGUCGGCGCGCAGAGCGGCUCCUGCUUGAACAAGGAUGGCAACUGUGAGGCUUGUGCUUCGGGUCUUGAACAACACUGCUCCAAGAUGGUUGGAACUUAUGGAGGUACCUUUGCCAAUGGCGGCAAGUCGUACGGUGGAUAUGCGACCUACAACCGAUGCCCUUCGCACUUUGUCGUUAAGAUCCCUGACGCCCUCUCCUCGGCCCACGCCGCCCCUAUGCUCUGCGGAGGUAUCACCACCUACUCGCCCCUGCGACAGAACGGUUGCGGCCCGGGCAAGUCCGUCGGAAUUGUCGGUGUUGGUGGUCUUGGACACUUCGGAAUCAUGUUUGCUAAAGCACUGGGCGCCGAUCGUGUAGUUGCCAUUUCACGCAAGGGCGAUAAGAGGGAUGAUGCGAUGAAGCUUGGUGCGGACGCCUACAUUGCGACUGCCGAGGAUGAGGACUGGGCCAACAAGAACGCCAACUCCCUGGAUCUCAUCAUCUGCACCGUGUCUUCCUCCAAGAUGCCCAUCAUGGGCUACACCCAGCUGCUGCGUACUCGCGGAACCUUCAUUCAGCUCGGUGCCCCCGAGGAUGGCGGACUUGAGAUCCCUGCCUUUGCCCUGAUUAUGAAGGGUAUCAAGCUCGGUGGCUCCUUGAUUGGUAGCCCCGAUAUGAUCCGGGAGAUGCUGGAGCUGGCCGCUGCUAAAAACCUGAAAUCUUGGGUGGAGGAGCGACCGAUGAAGGAGGCCAACCAGGCCAUUCUUGAUAUGGAUGCUGGCAAGGCUCGAUUCCGUUACGUUUUGGUGAACGAGCAGUAA